AUGAAUAAUACGGAAGAAUCACAUCAAUCAGCAUUUCAGUAUGGAAGAAAGCUACCAUCAAUCAUCAGUGCUGCUCGAUUACUGAGACUUCGGUCUGGAUCGUUCGAUGAAGAGGCAAAAGACGAGAAGAAACCAAAUCGCAUAAGUCCAUUUUCACCUGAAGCUCGUGUUCCACUACCUAGUGAAAUCGAUGAAAACAGCUAUGGAACCACUGUGUGGAAGCGAAAUGAAAGGGAACGUCUACGUGUUCGUUGUGUAAAUGACGGAUAUGAAAGACUGCGUGAUCAUUUACCGCUUACCGAAAGCGAUCGUCGCAUUAGUAAGGUGGAUACGUUACGCUUAGCGAUCCGAUACAUACGUCAUCUGGAAGCUUUGCUGCAGAACUAUGAUCACUGGAUCAAAUGUGACUGUUUCCAGACUUUUCAAACCGAAUCUGAGGAACGUGCCGAGCGUCUUCAUAGAAUCGAUCGCAGGAAGCGUGCUGUAAAGUGA